CAAGCUGUUUUGUGUGCGGCCAUCUUUGCUUUGGACAGGCUCUCAAAAAGAUUCCACUCCGCAGUGAAAAGUACGGAUGAGUGCGUGCGUGCGUGUGAUUUUCCAACAAACAGUUUUAUUUCGUCAGUGAAAAUUCGAGUGAGUGUGGACUCUAUUCGCAAUUUGCCGUUUUUACCUCCGUCGGGGACAAUUAAAUAAUCACAACGGGACUGGUUUCUGUUUGCGAGUGCGGUGUCUUUUUUUUCUGUGGAAAAGAUUCGGAUUCUCCGGAAGUGGCGAAACUAGUUUGCUCCCAUUCGCUUCUCCGGCCAGGUAAAGUGUUGUGUUGGAAAGUUUCGUAAAAGUUGGUGAACUCGUCGAAUCGACCCGAGGCCAACCACAGACGUGAAAACAAAGGAAAUAUAGAACAGCGCGUAUAUGAGGAAAAGAAGUCGCAAAAGACGAAAAAAGCAAUGCUGAAUGUGGUGUAAGUUUGGCUGGUUCGUGCGUAGCAAAGGAAGAAUAAAAGCAAACUCUUAACAGUCACAAACAUGAUGAUUUUGAUGUUGUAAGAGUUUGAUGAAUCGGCCGGCAGAACAGUGAAGAGUAAAGUAGGGAGGAGCACUGCUGGACGGGGCCAGAAUUCGGUGUAUAAUGGAAGCGCGUGUGUGAACCAGGCGGAGGACAAGAUCAUUGAUUAGGAAUAGGUGCGGAAGUAUUGGAACAACAGUCUAUUUACCGGUCUGGCUAACCAGUAACCGGGAGCCUUCCAAUCAGGGUCCAGGAUCGAUCCUACCACAAACGUGUGUGGUACUUUUCGCCAUAAAGCCAACCUCCCAGCAACCGCAUCAUGUGGAAUGGCAGUCAGGGGUCGGGCGGGGGCAAUGGCUCAGCCGGUGGUGGAGGGCAAUCCACAAACAACAACAAAACACUCGGAAUGACCUCUGCGAUUAGUUUGGCAGAACCAAAGCCAGAGGACCUGAUCAAGACGAAAGAGCUGGGAAAGGCACUCGAGCCGUACAAUGUAUUCGAGGAGGAACUGGAACUGAAUCACCGAAUGGAGAUUCUGGCCAAACUAAAUACCCUCGUGAAGCAAUGGGUACGGGAUGUGUCCAUUUCGAAACACAUGCCGGAGGAAUUGGCGGAGAAACUCGGCGGUAAGAUUUAUACAUUCGGAUCGUAUCGGUUGGGAGUGCACCAUAAGGGGGCUGAUAUUGAUGCUCUCUGUGUCGCUCCUCGGAACAUCGAGCGAGCUGACUACUUCGGGUCGUUCUUUGAGCUGCUCAAAAAGCAGCCGGAGGUGACGGAAUGUAGAGCUGUCGAGGAGGCAUUCGUGCCGGUCAUAAAGAUGAAUUUUGACGGGAUCGAAAUUGAUUUGCUAUUUGCGCGGCUGGCACUGAAAGAGAUUCCGGAUAAUUUCGAUCUGCGCGAUGAUGCACUGUUGAAGAAUCUUGAUCCGAAGUCAGUUCGGAGCCUGAAUGGAUGCCGUGUAACGGACGAAAUACUACGUCUCGUGCCGAAUAUCGAAAAUUUCCGCCUGGCGCUACGUGCAAUCAAAUUGUGGGCAAAGAAACACGGAAUUUAUUCAAACUCACUGGGUUACUUUGGUGGUGUAUCCUGGGCCAUGUUGGUAGCUCGCACCUGCCAGCUGUAUCCUAAUGCGACUGCAGCCACUGUGGUGCAUAAGUUUUUCCUGGUGUUCUCGCGUUGGAAGUGGCCCCAGCCGGUUUUGUUGAAGCAACCGGAAACACCCAAUCUUGGAUUCCAGGUUUGGGAUCCCAGAGUGAACGUACAGGAUCGGUUCCAUCAGAUGCCGAUCAUCACUCCAGCAUAUCCACAACAGAAUUCCACAUUCAACGUGUCCGCUUCGACGCGUAAGGUUAUGCUGAACGAGUUCAAUCGGGGAAUGCAAAUCACGGACGAAAUUAUGAUGGGCAAAGCUAGUUGGGAUAAGCUGUUCGAAGCUCCCAGCUUUUUCUUCAAAUAUCGUCAUUUUAUCGUUCUUCUGGUCAGCUCGAAUAACGCGGACGACCAGCUGGAGUGGUGCGGACUUGUUGAGUCAAAGAUUCGCUAUUUGAUUCUGAACCUCGAGCGAAAUCAGCACAUCAUUUUGGCUCACGUCAAUCCCAAGUGCUUUGAGCAGCACGAGCAGAACCAAUCCGAACGACAGAAGGAAAACGAUGGUGGGAAAACAUCGAACUUCUGCUCGUUGUGGUUUAUUGGGCUGGAAUUCGAGCGCACAGAGAACUUAAAUGUGGAUUUGACGGAAAGCAUACAAAGUUUCACAGAUUCUGUGCACAAACACGCGGUGCACAUCAAACUACUCAAGGAUGGGAUGAAAAUUGAAGCUCGACACGUGAGAAGGAAGCAGCUCAGCCAGUAUCUCGAUCCAAAUUUGCUGAAACGCGAGCGAAAGAAUUCCGAUACUGGGGUAGUGCUAACAUCGACAGCGGCAGCCACGAAUGCCAGCGCUGGUGCCGCCAUUCUCAAAAAACGACAAUCCUCGGAGAAUCUGACGGCGGCUUCCAACAAGAAACGAAGAAACGAUUCCUUUGACCACUCAUCAUCGAAUUCGUCCUCACAGUCGUCGCAGUCUUCAGCAACAAACAACGCCAGUAAAGGUACCACCACGAACAAAAGCAACAGCAACAGUGCUAACAACGCUUCUGCUCCUGCCGCUGCCGAACAAAACUGUGACAACCACAACGACAGCAGCAGCCACAAUAACAAUAACAUUUCGACGUUAGCGUUGGACGAUUCCUCGUCCGAAAUGACAACCACCAACGGCGACAACAACGUGGAGCAGGAACAGCAGCAGCAGGAACAACCGGUGGCGCAAUCGCAACCGCAACCGCCUGCAGUUCAGGUUGCUCAAACUCAACAGCAGCAGCAACAGCAGACGGCUACCGAGGUGGUUUGCUCAUGACAACCGAAUCCGUUCCGAAAGGUGAAUAAUUGUCACCCGUCGUUUCCACUACACAGUAACGGCAGCAGCAGCAACAACAACAGUAAUGCCAACCACAAUCACAGCAUCUACUAUCAGCAGCGCAGCGGCAAUUUUGCCGCUAAUGGUACCAAUAGUAACGGAGCUAGCAGUAAGAAGAUGAUUAUGGAUUCCAGCAAUGGCACCAGUGCCAACGCGAAUGGUGGCGGAAACUAUGCGAGUGCAAACCGAAUGCAGUUAGCUGAAGUUAAAUCAUCAUAACUUCAUUGAGCGGAUUCACGCCGACAACACAAACACACACAUCCAAAACCACAAAGAAGAGAAAGGGAGGCAAAUAUGUGUUCCCUUGUAAUUAUUUUAUAUCGCCUUUACAGCUUUCCAACUGUAUCACAUUUUUCCUCGGCGUUCUUUGUUCCACCCUCACGAAAGGUAAGAGAAGAUAAAUCUUAGUAUAAUAGUGUAGACACAACAACACACAGGUACUUGCAGAGAAAGGGAACAAGGCAAAAUGAUGAUUAUUCUAACAUAGUUGUUGACGAAACUAGCAGACGAUCUGGGGAGAAACGAAACAUAACAAGAGAAUUCAUUGUUCAAAGAUAAAAAGAUAUCGUAAACACUUCUAGCUAUACACUAGGCUAAACAACACCACCCUGUACAUAGUAAAAGCAUAAACACACAACUUUAAAACUACGCAAAACACAAAUAUGCUAGAGAGUUCAUUUGGCUAUGCGUUAAAGACUUAUAUGCUACUCUUAUUUAUAUACGAACCACGAGGUUAUUAUCUCAAAUCCAACAAAACGCUUCUAUUUCCGUAAUUAUUACUUUUUGCAGGAAAACAGAAGAUUCAUUUAACGUUUUUUUUUGUUUCCAAGAUUUAUUUUCAAUCAGAAACAAGGUAGGUUCCCAGUACAAUUCCACAGUUAUUUUGUACGAUUAAAAAGGUGCAAUCGGCAUUGAAAACACACGAGACGCGGUAAUGGGAAAAGAAAUUUAAUUUUUAGCUUCACUAUGAAAAUGUUCGGUGUUUAGACUCUUUAACGCGGGUAAUCUUGUAGUUUUUGACUAGCAAAAUUUACCUCUCGAGGAAGAUUAAUUUAUCGAGAAAGAAAAAAAUAUGAGAGCAGAGAAGAAAAGCAUAAAAAAUAAUUGAUGUGAAUUGUUUCCACUUGAAUUGGGGGAAGAUACAAAAAAAAAACUAGAAGAUAUUUUACGCAACAUUUUAUCAUCUGUAUAUAGAUAAAAGCAGUCUUUCUUAAAUUGAAUAAUUUUGCAUAAGCUAGGCAAGCAUUAUAUGAGCUAUGUUAUGUACUAUUAGUACUGAUAUGGUCGAUAGAUUGAUGAAAGUUUCACGAGAGAUAAGAUGAUUACAACACUGUUCUGUAAUUAAACUUAUGCUGAUUUACUUAAGUACCAGAACAAAACCAUGCGGAACAUAUUUUGAUGAUGAGGUGCCCGAGGUCGAGGACGAUGCGAGCAUCAUUUUAAGCAAACCGGGAUUUUAUUUUUAUAAAAUAACAUCCAGACAGUUUCGAAUUGAGAGAAACACUGAGAGAAUAUAACUAUAUGAAUGAACACAGCGGAAUAGAAAUUUAUGAAGAUCUAUCGUAUGAAUACUGAAAUAUAUGAAAAAAAAACAAACAUAAAACGGAAACAUUUACGAUAAACGAAUAUUACUUUCUUGUCGUUCAGAUAUUCAUUCAAACAUUAUAGUGAACAGAAACAAAAAGAUAAAUACAUUCUAUGAAGAAUUGGCGGACGUGGGCAGCAUUGAUAAAUACUACAUUGAUUGAACUAUAAACGUAUAAAAGUUAUUCGAAAUUCUACGGGAUAUUGAUUGUUACGCAUUUUCAUGAAUAACAAAAACUGGAAAGGAACGGAAGGGAAGAAGGUCUCCAGAACGAGUUACAGUCGAGAAGAUCGCCGAAAAAAAAAUAAGUAAUGAAAAAAAAUGAAACAAAACAGGAAUCGUCUCGUUUGGACCCAUUUCUGGAAACCAAUGUUAGGAUGGAUAGAAGAAGGCUAUGGUCAGGAGGAGCAGAGGUGAUUUGACAUUGAUACCUAUGUAAGAUUCCAUGUAACGUGACGCAACAUUUCGGAGAGAGUUUCAAUAAAGGUAUAUUUAUCCACGUUUCGACAGAAAGAAA